CCUUUCAUUUUCUUUGCAAGCUAUAAAUGAACUGUCGGUCGGUCAUAUAAAAACCAGGUCGCGUUAAAAGCACUCUAAAUUACAUACUGCCAUUUAUCAAAUAGUUAGUCAGUCUCUGCACAGAGAUAGAGAUCGAUCAUGUCAGGAGGAGGCAUAGCUCGUGGUCGUCUUGCUGAAGAGAGAAAGGCAUGGCGUAAGAAUCACCCUCACGGUUUUGUGGCUAAGCCUGAUAAUGCUCCAGAUGGUUCUCUAGAUUUGAUGAUGUGGAAGUGCAUUAUACCUGGCAAACCCGGGACUGAUUGGGAGGGUGGCUACUUCCCCCUCACUCUUCAUUUCAGUGAGGACUACCCAAGCAAACCUCCAAAGUGCAAGUUCCCCCAAGGUUUCUUCCACCCUAAUGUCUACCCUUCAGGAACUGUGUGCUUAUCUAUCCUCAAUGAGGACUAUGGCUGGAGACCAGCCAUUACAGUGAAGCAAAUAUUAAUUGGCAUUCAGGAUUUGCUUGAUCAACCAAAUCCUUCUGAUCCUGCACAAACUGAUGGCUAUCAGCUUUUUGUCCAGGACCCUGCUGAGUACAGGAGAAGGGUGCGCCAACAAGCCAAGCUAUACCCACCUACGCUCUGAUGCAAUAGUUGCUUCACCAUGCCGUCAACUUAUUAGUUAGAUCCCAUCAUAUGUGUCCAAGCCUGAUUUAAGUAGCAGAGUGAUUUAGCAUGGGUACUAGUUAAUUGUGAAUUAUAGUUACGCUUCCCAUUUCUGUAUUAAAGGAUGUUUUUUACUCAUGCUUUGCGACAUCCUCCCUGCAUUGCAAGUUAGCAACAAGACAACUGUUGAGUAUCAAACCUAUCUUGAUUGCCCAUUAAGAUUGUUAUUUAUGCCUCCAGCGAAACAGCACGAUAUGUGGAAAGGGUUGCUAGGGAAACGUGACUGAUGCUGCUGGAAUUGGUUAAAGCAAGUGUAAGCUAUGCUAUGUUUUUAUAUAUAUGAGAGCGUGUAUGAUAUUGAAUUA